UGGUGAAACAGCUAAUGUGAUUGGACUAGGCUCGCUGAUAUCGUCGUUAUUGGCCAAUCAAAUACUCCUAUUCAGGCACUAAAUGCGCACAACUUGCGCACAUGCAAGAAAUUCAUUUGGGCAGAUCACAAGCUGCUCCCCAUCGAAAGGACCUCCAUGUCCAACCCCGACAACAUCCCGAAAUGUUUGGGAAUUUAGCCCACUGACAACCGAUUUAACUUUCUUCUCGACGAAGUUAUCGUCUCUGGUGGACGUCGACUCAGAUGUUCAGCCAUGGAGGAGAAACUGGAACUCGUUCGCAAGGAAUAUGGGUCCACAUUGUCCGACUUGAAAAUCAACAGCAAGCCUCACAUCAACGCACUCACAACGCUUGCAGAUGAAUACAUUCCAUAUGCGUCGGAGGUCGUGCGACUCAUCGAAAGCCGACUGCAGAAGGCCCCUUCCAAUGAGAAGUUACCUAUAUUGUACCUGAUGGAUUCCAUUGUCAAGAAUGUGAAGAAAGGACCGUACCAACAACUCUUUGCCAGGAAUCUAACAAACAACUUUUGUGGGGUGUUUGCCAAGGUCAAUGAGAAGACCAGAGCAUCUCUCUUCAAGUUGCGAUCAACAUGGAAUCAGUACUUUGCAAGUGGGAUCCUCCAUGCCCUUGAUGUUCGUGUUCAGAAGAUCGACCCCGCCUGGCCCAUCAUGGCCGCCUCUUCUGCUCCUGCUGCUCCAGCUCCAUCUAUCCACAUCAACCCGAAGUUCAUCAAGAAGCCUGCCCCUAUGGAAUCUACGGCAACCCCUACAGCUGUUCAGGCCACACCCACCGUGGUGACCAGCGAACUGUCUGAUAAGGAUCGUCUGGAGCAGGAGAUGCGGCAGAGCUUGAUCUCCAAACAGCAGGAACUCCUUCAGAUCCAGCAGCAACGUCUAGAACUCGAGUUAGAGCAAACAAAAGCAAGAUUGGAGUCGCAGGCAAGAGAACUGGCCGCCAAAAACCAAGCCCUCGCAGAGCAACAAGCGCAAAUGUCCAAAAUGGCCGUGACAGGUCAAGCUCCGACUGCACCACCCAGUGUUGUACCAACGCCAGCAGUUCCUGCCACUCCUGUAAUCACACCACUUUUACAGCAAACGGUAACUGCUCCGACGCCUGCAUCCCUUGUCGGAGGCAUGGGCCUCCUGGGUGAGGCUCCAGCUGCACUGAAGCCCCCUCUGGGUCCUCAAGGCCUCCUAGGUGCUGCUCCACCAUUAACCAGCAUUGCUCCUGGUGUUCAUUCAACAACUCAGGCCCCCACUCCAUUGAUGCCGACUAUCUCUCAGGCUUCUCAAGCUCCUGCUACUGUUUCUAACCUACCUAAUACGGGUCUUGUUCAGUCACAAGCUUCACGGAACACCAUAAAUCCACGUGAUCCAAGACUAGCCAGAGAUCCAAGGCUUCGUCAGGCAUUUGAACAGCAGCAACAGCAGAGGCAGCAACAGGAACAACUUCUCCUUCUUCAGCAGAAGAAACACCUUCUUCAACAAGAAGAAAUAGCCAACUUAGCCAACCAAACUUCAGCAAGCAUGGGACUCGAUACUGGAGUAUCAGCAGCUGCCUCCAAGUUGAUGAGUGGUGCACCUCCCAACUCUGCAUCUGCUAAGGGAACCCAGCCAACUGUGUCAGAUGUGGCAAGUUCUGCAGCGUCUGUGACACCUGCACCUCCUGCAUCAGUCAAGGAGACUCCUACUAAUGCCCCUGCAGAUUUUUCCAAGAAAGUCUCCAAAGGCAGUAGUCCCAGCAAGAAAUCUGUUGCAAAAGGGAAGACAGCAAUGAAGCCAGGGGUCAAACUUGACCAUUUAGAUCUGUCAGGAAAGAGUAAAACAAAGGAGGAAACUAAAACAAAGGAGGAAAGUAAAACUGGAAAGAACAGCAAGGAGGAUGUAGGGAGGAAAGGAAAGUCGGAAGGAGAUAAAGCUGCAGAAAGGGACACAGCUAAAAGAGGCCUUCGAUCGUCAUCCAGAAAUUAUCGUAAAACAACAAAUAGCGACAAGGAGGAAAGGAUGAGAUCAGAAUCCCACAGAUCUCGCACCAGGUCUGCUUCAGGUUCCCCUUCCCACUCCGAUUCUCACUCUAGGUCACGCUCGCGGUCUCGAUCUCCUCGCUCUGGACCCAGCUCUCCUAGGUCUGGCGAUAGGAGAGAGCGAGACAGGAGAGGAGGAAAGUCUUCAGACAGCAAGAGAAAGGAUAGCAAGGAGAAUAAGCCAGAAAAUAAGGAAAAGAGAAAAUCUCCAUCUCCAGACAGAUCUACAGAUGAAGAUAAAUUUCCUUCUAAGAAGUAUAGCAAGCAGGAUCAGCUGCCACCCAAAAAGAGGGCCAGGCUGAUUGAAAAGGAGCAGCAAGAAGCUGAACGACAGAGAGAAAGAGAAAGAAGUAGUCGGGCUGUCAGAAGCCGAGGUGAACGUGAACGGGCGGCUGGCUGGAUGCGUACUGAGAACCGAGACUAUGCUCCCAGUCUUCGACCACCCAGGAGACCGAGUCUAUCCAAUCGUGACAUCCAAAUACCCAAGGAACUGUCCAUGAGCAGGCUGGCAAAGGUGUUAGAACAGGCUGAGAAGCAGCUUAAUUCUGGAGCCUUGACCCAUGAGCAGCAUCAGCAACUGCUUAGGGAGCUGAAUGAGAUCUACAACAUUCAGCGACAGAAACGGGAGGAAGAAGAGAGGCACAACAGACGGCCACCACCACCGGAAUGGGGACCUCGUGAUCAAAGGGAUCCUCGAAAUCCUCGAGAUCCUCGGGACUUGCACGAUCCACGAGACCCUCGCAUGAUGCGAGAUCCCAGGGCCCAGAGAGGUCCAAUGCCUUAUCAUGGUCCACGUCCUAGGGAAGAAUUUGAUCACAGAGAUCCACCAGAUGUCCAUGAUGCCCCUCCUUAUAAAGAUUCCAGACCACCUCUGCAACGUAGGGAAUUUAGUGACAGAGACCCAAGAAUCAUGCAAAAUCCAAAAGUUCCUGCCCAGGAAGAUCCUAGACACCGGUCUUUACUUGAAGAUCCUAGGAUGAGGAAAUUUUCUUCAAAUCCUGAUAUAGAUGAAGGAAGCAGAAAGUUGCCACCACAGUUACAAGAUCCCAGGUCAAGAAUCAUGAAAGCAGGAACAGAAGAGGAUGUUCCUCAGAGCAGUGUGAAUCCUGGAAUGGAUGUAGAUGAGAGGAAACGUACUUUCCGACAGUACAGAGGUCCUCUUGAUGAAAAGCUUCCCCUGCCUGUAUCUCCUAAGGAUACUGAUGAAAGAGACUUGAAACAAUUUGCAGAGAUGGGUGAUGUUGAUUUACGCAAACCUCCUCCUGGUCAUGAUGGACAGAGCAAAAUGGAUGUUGAUUACAGAGUGUUACCUGCUGCUUUCCAGGAUAAUGUUAAGGAAAAUGUUGAAGGUAUCGGUGACACAGAUGAAAGACAGAGGGUGAAGGCUGGAGAUAGCGAUGAGCGUAAAAUUGAUGAUGAUGCUCAAACAGAGAAAUCAUUAGAAGAACCAAGCAAGCAAAUGGAAGUAGUUGAAGACAAGCUGUCAACACAAGAAAAUGCUCCUUCGGAGGUCAUUAAAAAAGAUACCAAGGAUGUUACCAAGCUUCCUCGACGAUCAUCAGCAAAAGCUGAAUGGGAGGCUGCUGCCGUUCGGGUAAAGCCAGAAGGAGAUGUAGAUAUGAGGCAAAAGCCUGUUAUCAAGAAAACAAAUAAACAGGCUGGUAAGGAUGAGGAGCCAAAUCCAGCCAAUGAUGUCAAACCAGCCAAAGAUGAUGAACAAGAAAAAACAUCUGAACUUACAGGAUUGACUGAAGAUAAAGUGAAAGACAAGGAUGACAGAAGGAAAGAGGAAACACCUACCGAUUCUUUGUUAACAACAACUAGUGGUGACACUGAUGAGAGGAAAUUCCCUGCCCAGUCAGAAAUCAAAGAGAAUAUCAAUGCUGAUAACAAAAUUGAUGAAAUGGGGUUGCCUUCCGAUGACAUGGAGUUACCCUCUGUUGAUGUAGAUUUGCGUCAGCCAAUGCCUGUACAAGUAGAAAACAUUCCACCUUUAAUGGACUUUGAACCUGAGCCAGGUAUGGCUUUUCAUGAUAAGGAAAGGGCAAUGGACGAUGAUUUUCAACAACAGCCAUUUAUGGGCCCAGGUCCUCCCCGUUCAAGACGUGGCCGGGGUGGCAGGGCUGGUAAAUCUAAUAAGUGGCAGACUUGGAAAAAGGAGCACCCAGAUGAAGCCUCCGCUCCCCAUUUUGAUGAUGGCCCAGACGGCUUUGAUCCGAACGACCCCAGACGUCCCCCAAUGCAUCAUCCGCGGUUUAGGCGAGGUAUGCACCCGAGGGGUCCAUUUGAAGAUGAUGUGCCGCCUUUUGACCGACGCCAUCCCAGAUUCCGGGAUGCUCCCCCAAUGAUGGAUGAAGAACCACCAAUGGAACCCUGGGGCCACAUGGACAGAGAUGAUCAUUUCCGUUUCAGAGAAGGUGAUGGUCCCCGUCCGUUUGAACAACAGGACUUCAUGGAUGACAGACGACGUCCUAUGGAGGAAAGGGAAUUUCCACCAGAUGAGGAUGGUAGAGAUCCAGGACAUAUGCGAGAUGUACCUGUCAAUCACCCCAGGGAUCAAGAGGGCUUUGAAAAUCAUCCUCUUGAUGUCAUUCCUGCGGAUACUCCUCGGUCUCCAGAACCUGAAAAUCGUUAUCCGCCUAACUAUUGCUUGGGUCCUGAUAAAAGACGGAACACAGAUAAGCGACCAGUUCCUCAUGAUGAUAGGGAACCUCAUGCUCAAUUCCCUCGAGAGAAAUUACCUUUCAAGGUAGAGGGCCCUCCAAUGAGAGGACCAAGACCUGAAGGAGUUUUGCCACGUGGUGCAGAAGGCUUCAACCCAAGAAAUGGUCCAGCUUUCAGGGGACCAAGACCAGAUAUGCCCCGCCCCAUGGGACCAGAUGGGCCACGCCUUAUGGGACCAGAUAGACCACGCUCCAUGGGACCAGAUGGGCCACGCCCAAUAGGACCAGAUGGACCACGCCCUAUAGGACCAGAUGGACCAAGAUUUAUGCAUGGACCAAGAGGUCCUUCGGACAUGCCCAGAUUUGGAUCUCAAGGAAUGGGACCUAGAAUGCAUCCAGAUGGCCCAAUGCGUGGGCCUGGUAAUCAGUUUCAACCCAGGUCCAAUAGUCCACCUGUUUCUUCUGAUAUGCAGAGACCACCAAUGAGUGGACCCGCUGUUAGUCUUCCAGGUAGCGUCUUGUCAAAUAUAGGCAAUUUAGGCAAUUUCCAGCAGCUUGUGCAGAGUGUUAGCCAGCAAGUGCUAAAUAACAUGAGAAACCAGCAACAAACACCAGGACAGAUUCCAGCUCAAAGUCUCAUUCGAUCUGCCUUACAAACCAUGGGAGUGAGGGGCAAUGUGCCAAACAAUCUUGUACAAGCUGCUCAAAAUAAUUUGCUUGAUCAGAUGAAGUCAAUGCCAAACGUGAUGAGGAUGAGGAUGAUGAGACCUCAACAAAUGGAGAGAGCACCAAUGCCGGAGGGUUCUCUUCCUCCUCAGCGCAUGCCUUAUGCCAGAAUGCAAGCACGUCCAUCUAUGUCAAUGGCUGGGAUGCCACCAAACAGUAUGGCACCUGGAAUGCAACAAGGAGCUCAAGGAAUAGGAUCAGCACCGAAUUCUGAUCAGCAAGGAGUUCCCAUCCAAGGCAUACCUCCACGUGGGAUGCCCAUGCAAGGGAUGUCCCAACAAGGUAUGCAACCAGGAAUGCCACUGCAAGGUGUGCGGCCAGGAAUGGCACCACAGGGAGUGCGACCAGGAAUGCCUCCCCAAGGUGUGCUGCAACAAGGAGUGCGCCCAGGAAUGCCACAACAGGGUAUGCUGCCACAAGGAGUGCGUCCAGGACUACCACCCCAAGGUACGCCUUCCCAAGGAAUGCCUCCCCAAGGGAUCCCACAGCAAGGAAUGCCAAUGCAAGAAGUUCGUCCAGGAAUGCCGCCACAAGGAAUUCCAUCACAAGAAAUGUCUCAAGGUAUGCAUCCUGGGAUGAUGCCUGGUUCACAAGGUCCCAUUAGGAUGCAACAAGGAGGUCCAGGUGGCCCAGGAUUUUUACCUCAAGGGAUGCCGGGUGAUGGCAUGGUCAGACAACCUCAACCUGCAGCUCCUGUUCUGGACAUCACCUCCCUAUUCUCCAAGCUGGUGUCCUCUGGGAUCCUGAAGGAGCCGCUGAAACCAGCCUCCCCCGCUCCUGAUCAGACUGCUACCCCUGCAGCUGCCCCUGUAGAGAAGGCCAAAGAGGACGAGGCAGUGGCAGAGAAAGAUGAUGAAGACUCACAGGAUGUGGAGGAUGAUGGCAUCUUUGACAUUCCAGAGAUUUCACUCAAAACUGAUGAGCUCAAAGUACGACAUCCUGGAAUCAUCAAGCGCAUGUCCAGUGGGAUGCAGUGCACCUCCUGUGGUCAGCGCUUUGUCAUUGCUCAGAUGGACCGGUACCGCAAGCAUCUUGACUGGCACUUCCGGCAGAACCGCAAGAAGCAGGAUGGCAACAAGGCCACCACCUCUAGGAAGUGGUACUAUGAGGUGGACGAGUGGCUGGACUAUGAAGAGAUCAAUGACAUGGAGGAUGCCCGAAGUACCUUUUUUGAAGAGCAGGCGCAAGAGUUUGCUGACCGAGAAAGAGGCCCUUCUAGCGUGCCUGUUACAACAGAUUCCAGUGAUGAGUUUUGCAAGAUAUGCAGAGAGAGCUUUGAGCAGUUCUUCAACGAGGAGACCGAGGAAUGGCACUUCCGUGAUGCGAUCCGUGUUGAUGGCAAGACCUUCCAUCCGAGCUGCUAUGAUGAUGCUAAAGAUUCUUCUGCUUUCCUUGACGCAUCCACUGAUGACCUACUCAGUCCCCCUCUUGUAAGGACCAGGAACUCAUUCAGUGGCACUCCGGUUAGUCCUGGUGCUAGUGGUGCUUCCUCAAAUCCUUUAUUAGUUGCUCCAGGCAAAGUGAGUUGGGAUGCUGUAUUAAAAACAGAUGGCAAAGCAGCAUCCAAAGCUGGUGCUGCUAUCAAAGCUGAGCCGAAGACGGAAGCAAAUCCGGAAGUGAAUCCGGUUGAGGAAGGAAAAUCAGGCGAGGAAGCUUCAAAGGCUUCAGACCUGGUAAAGAUCAAGGUGGAGCCAGAAGAACCGAUGGAAUCCAUACCAUCAGUUGAGGAAGCGAGUGACAACAGUGGGACUGAAGUCAAGAUCGAACCAUCAUCAAGAACUAUAAAAUCAGAGCCAGGGGUUGAAGAAGCCAAGACAACAUUACCAGUUAAACAAGAAACAGGAGUAGAUAGUGCAGUCUCCCAAACGUUAGUAGAAAAGGAACAAUUGAGGAAAGAGGAAGUGAAGACAUCAUUAGCAGAUCCUAGGGGAAAGUCGUCACCAUUGCCAUUCUUGGAGGAAAUUACUCCAGAGCCAAUGGAAACAGAAUCUGCUGUACCGGAAACUGUGCCUGCUGUACCUGAUGCUGUGCCAGCUGUUCCUGAUAUUGUGCCAACUGCAGCAAUGGAUUCACCAAAGACUGAUGCUGUGCCAGUUGCAACUGAUUCACCCAUUACUGCGAUGCCAAUACAGGUUGUUUUGACAACACGUACUGAAUAUGCCGAAGGUCCAAGGGUAAUUCCUUCAGACCAUGUUAUGCCAACCGAAGAGCCAGCUGAUAUUGCAACGGAAGCAGUAGCCAUCACGCCUUCUGGAUCAGGAGAUGCAGCUGUAGCCUCCGAUCCACCGGUUCAGCCCCCUGCAGAUGAUGGGCAUGCCCCUAAAAAAUUGCCUUUGAGCGAAGCUGUGGCCACACUCAGGGGGUCUGAAGAGUCUGCGGACCCCCCUGUACUUGAGGUGGAAGCCCCGCUAUCAAGCACCGGUCAAGGUCAGACAGAAGACACUGCUCAGUCCUCCCAAGGCAUCUUUGAGAAGUUGACGCCUCCGCCCGCGCUCAAGAGCAUGGAAAGUGAAGAGUCCGAACCAAAUGCUACUGGGGAACCUCCUGCAGAGAGUUCUGCCGGUGGUGGAGAUACUAAUCAAAAUGCUGGAGAAAAUCAAGAAAGCAGUACAUGAAUAUGAAAUAACUCUUUUUGUGGUUUCCACAUUUUAAGAUGUAAAAGAAUAUGAAUGAAUGUUCGUCCCUUAUCAUGAAUUGGCCAUUUUCCACAUAAUUUGAUCCGAAUUUUACACUCAAUAAAGCCAAAUUAGAUAGGUAGCUUAUUAUUUUUUGUUAUUGAAUUAUGCCAUUCAUGAAUGGCAUGUUAAUUGUACAAAAAUUAUUUUGGACAAAGGGAAUUGAGAUCAUAAAAUGCUGAGGAACAUUUUAUUACUCUUAAUCACUUGUCAGCUUUCUGUGUAUUAAUUCAUCACUUCUCAUGGUAUGUAUUUUGUAAAGUCAGCAAGACAUUUCGGUUUCAGUGAAAUUGUCAAUGAAAUGAAGUGGUUCCAUUUAGUGGUUUAGAUUAAGGUGGGUUAUUAAAGCUAAAUGAAAGUAGUUGCAGUAAAACACUGAUUUCAUGAGAAAGUCUGUAAAACCAAGGUUAAGUAUUACUAUGUCAUCGUGGAUCUAGAUCUGGUACAGUUACAUAAACUGAACUUUAUGAAAUCAUAAAAUCUAAGCUGAAAAACGAUCACCCUGAGGAUCGCCAACACAGAAAGGCACACGUGGGACAGUGUAUGUUAUUAUUGCAGGAAUAAAGACCUGACGAAGUGCCCGAAUCAGCGCUUAUUUCUCAGCAAUUACACAAUUUCUUCCAGAAUCCUUUGGCACAUAUUUUUUAUUCAUACAAACAGGCACUUGGGUGGUCAUUAUAUUGGAUUCUGUAAAAAGUCAUAUUGAGAUGUUACCACAAUUGGCAUUUAUCUUUUGAACAGUGCAAUGUUGCACACAAAUGAGGAAUUUCACUUUGGAAGAAGUUAAAAAGAAUUUAAAUGUAAUUAGCAGAGAUGACGAAAUUGUAAUUCUAUCUAUUUUUCUUUGAAGUUGGAGAUCUGUAUUUAAAAAGAGGCACUUUUUUCUCAAGAAAGCACAUGUCACAGUAUGUUUAUUGCUUUGGUGAUGGGUUUUUGACUGAUUGGUAGGGAAAUAUGUAGAUAAUCAUUGGUUGUUUCAUUGGAUAACCCUUUUUAUCGGAUUGGUUGGUUUAGGCAAGUCAGUGAUUAAAGGGAAAGUCACGAUGAAAUCAUUGUGAGCUGUUAUCUUCCUUCAUGCCUCUACAAGGAAGAAUAUUAUAGUACAAUAGGUCCUCUGCAGCAGUAUGUGCUCAUGUUCAACUGUAACCAAAAACAGCUCAAAAGUUUGCUGAACAUUCAUGUGUAGUCCUAUACAUGCAUUUCUGUGUAUAGAGAGGGUGACUCUGAGUAGAAUCGAGUUGAUAUCUUAUAGAUGUUUUGAUUCAAAAUUUUAACACUAUACAACAUGAACUCUCAUAAACAUUGUUAUACUAUAGUCAACAUUUCCCAAGUAGUUUCUUCAUUUAAGUCAAUUCCACUUCUUGAACUGAAAUGUAGCUUUAAGAAUAGUUCUGACCACCCCCUAAAAUGUGUCUUUAUCCCUGUCCCCCCCCCCCCUCCUGCUCCCCCUGAUUCAUCUGUACCACAUGUAGGGAUUGUAAUCUUUUUUUUUUAUUUGCAAAUCCAUCUCGGCCUUUGCAAAUUAGUUCAUGAUGUUCAUUGCAGGGGAUUUUUUGCUGGACAAUAAAAUUUAUUUGGACAUCCCUUGAGAUUGUAGACAAGGAAUAGUUUUCUCAUGAUAGUCCUAUUUUCCAUGCUCUAAUUUAAAAACAGUAACUCGUUCUGAUUGAUUCCUUUUGCUUAGAUCACUAUUUAAAAUCAAUGUAUGUUAUUCAUAUUCAUUACAUAAUUGUAAUUUCUUCUUUUAAAUACCAAAUUUUAUGUAAGUUUCUUUUAUGUUGAUGCUUUGGGAUUAAAAAAAGACAUUAAUAAAAAAAUAAAUAUAAAAAAAUGAAAUAAAAAAGAAAAAUUGUAAAGUAUAGUCUUUAUAUAUAUAUUAUGUUCUCAUCCUUUUUGUGUAUGUCAUUUUAAAGGAAUUUUUUACAGAAUCCUAACUUGUUUUACUACAUUUCAUUUCUUGAUUUUUUCUUCAUAAUUUCAGGUCAUCAAAAAUGCUUCUUUCAUUGGACAUACCUAUCAUCAUUGAUAUAAAAAAAAAAAACCUUGUUAAAAUGUUGGGGUUUUUUGCUUGCUUGUUUGUGUAUUUUAUUCAGAUUUGGUUCAUCAAGUUUAUUCUAAGAUGAAUGCAUCAAAGAACAGUAUACUAUAUAUAUGUCAAUUUAAAUGUCUCAUCCAUCUAAUUUUGAAAUCAUUCAAGUGCUUUUUGUUUGAUUAUUAGAAAGAUUAGAACAGCUAUAGUUCAUUACCUGAUAUGCACCAGGGCACUUGUCAUGGAGAUCCCUUCCGCUUGUGACUCGAUCUGCAUAAUGUUGGCAGAGAGACUAAAUUCACAUGAAAUUAUUUUUAUGACUCGUUUAUGCACUUCAGUUUUAUGAGAAUGAUAUUCAGAACUUGCACAGGAUUUGUAUUGACAUGUAUUCAGAGUUUGUGUGUAGUUUUAUUUUGUUAGAUCAAAUAUUCUGUGUAUUUAGGCCUUGGCAAUAGUAACAAUGUAUUGUCGGGUCGUAUUCGGCUUGGUUUCCUGUGUAGUAAAUGAUCAAAUUUGGAUCGUUUUCAGUCCUUCAAUAGAUUGAGAGUAAUAAGAGUGAAAUUUGUGAUUGAUCUGAAAUUCUGAAUCUACCGAGUGUCCUUUUCAAACAGGGCCCCAGAUGAAAAAUUACAUGUAGUCUCAGAACGAGUUGAAAAAUGAUUAUCUUCUGAAUUUGUAUAUUUUGAGUGCCAUAUUUCGAUGUUCAUUGACUGGGGUCCUGUAGCAUAAGUGGAUACCGUUAAUGAUUACAAUUUACCUCAUACACAUGAUUUAUCAUGUAGGCCCUAAAUACGUUUACAUUGAUAUAUAUUACACUUAUUGAUGGUUAUUGAUAUGUUCUGCUGCUGCGUGUGUUUCCGCUGCUAAAAUAUGACAAUGUAUGUUUCAUUUCCUUUCACUUUGUUGUAAACAAUAUUGUAUUGGAAUCAGUGAGAAAUAAACUCUCAUAGAUAUAUUUUUUAUGUAUUUUGAAGUCUUAUAUGCACUUUUGUUUUUCAUUCUUCAUGUUUCAUUUUUUCCCUUGUCAUUACUCAUUUUGUGUCUUUACUUGUAAGGCUUUUUUUAAUUUUUUAAAUUUGUUUUUAAUUUGAUUCAAUUCAUAUAGCUUUAGCAGAAACAUUUUCAUCAGAAACAUAUGCUAUAUUUUCAAUAUGAAUAUUGAUUUAACAAAAAAUACUGUAUUUGCUAUGAUUAUUGUAAUCGUUUUACAAACUUUGAUUGUACGAGACAGAGAUGAGAUUAUGGGUAUAACUGUUAAUCAAAGACUGAAUGAAUGCUUACUGUGAAAUAGGUAGCACUUGUUGGGUUUGCUACCUUGUGUAUGAGUGUAAAUACUUAUUAACACAACAAUAAAUCCUGGAAAACAUUUGAAAUAUA